AUGAAUCAAGGUGGCAUGACUAUGUCAGAUAAUACUGCUGCUAUGAGUAGUACCUCGCCCGGGAUACUCAUGGGUGACGUCACAUCGUCUCGCUCAAGGUCAAAUUCAAAUACCAACAAUAAUACAUCAAAUGCAAACUUUCAAAAUGAUACUCAUUUGGAUCCACUAUCGAUACCAACCAAUCCAACAUCAUCGUCAUCUCUUGCAACAAACCAAGAUAUGGCUCGUUUAAGAAGAGAAUCUAUUGCACACUCUCAAGGUGUUGGUGGUGUCUCUUGGGGGUCACUCACUGUGGGUUCUUGGUUAAGAGAUGAAGUCAUGUUUCAUGCUACUUUGAAGAAUUCAAAAUCAAGAAAUAAUAGUCUUAUUUAUCCUUACAUGACAAGUAACAAGAAAAGACCUUCCAUUACGGUGAAUAACGUUAAUUAUUUCGCCUCAUUUGGCCCUACCGCUACUUCCCCGCCAGUUUCUCAUAGUGCAUAUUUGCCAAAUUUGGAGCAACAAUACUGUAAAGAUUAUUCAUGUUGUGGGUUGUCUUUACCCAGUCUACACGACCUUUUGAAACAUUAUGAAGAAACCCAUAUUGAUAACAGUUUGCCAUCUUCCGUCAUGAUUAAUCAUAACACCCACUCAAUAUCGAAACCUUCAACUAAUACCAAUAUUUUACAUCAAAAUUUACAUAACACAAUCUCGAAUUCCCAAUUGAAGAAGAAUUCUACCGCUUCAUCCUCACACCAAAAUUCUAAUAACCAAACUCAUAUAAUACAACAGACCUUAGAUCAAAGCAAACACAUAACUUCAUCGUUGGCUUCAAACCAACAUGUGCCGAUGAAUCAACCAUCUUUUUCGCAAAAAGGGAAGAAGAAAUCGGUUAAUUAUUCUGGGUCCACAAUAGCAGCAUCACAACCUUCAAAUAUACAAGCAAGUAAUGCUUCAAGUAUGAUAUCUCAAACCCCUCAAUUACAUUUGAAUGAUAAUUUGAUUGAUACCGUACCCACCAAUGACGUGUUUUUACAAACAACAUCAAAUAACGGUAACGUAAAUUCUCAAGUGUCAAGAAAUCAAACAUCAUCGAAAACUUCACCACAACAUACUUUCAAUAAUUACUCAUUUAAUAUUUCAAAGGACAACAAGACUAAUAUGAACCGGAAUGAUUCAAUUGAUUUGGCAUUCAUGGAUAAUAACCUAUUAACCAGUGAUACUUCAUUCCCACCACCAUUCAUGAAUACUUUAACGCCAGGAAUGAAUUUAAAUAUUAAUAUGAAUAAUACUGUAACAUCCAAUAACAAUAAUGCUAAUAUGGCAUCAUCACCACAUACGGUAAUAAUGGGCCCUCCAUCACAUCACCAUCAACCUCACAAUAUAUUAUCCAGUAUUCAAGGUAAUCAUCCUAACCAAACUUCAACUCUGAUACCAGAAUUAUCCAUGCAUGGCGAUAAUUUGACCAUGAAUUCACAAAUUCAUUCAAAGGCAUUCCAAAAUAACAAUGGCCGCUCGCCUAAUGGUAGUAAUGUCAAUAACAACAACAAUGUUCAUAACUCAACGGCGAAUAGACCCAACGGUUAUAUUGAUGAUCCUGCAAGAAGAUUAUACGUAAUGGAUCAUGAAGAACAUAAACCGUUUAAAUGUCCCGUUAUUGGAUGUGAAAAGACUUACAAGAAUCAAAAUGGGUUAAAAUAUCAUAAGAUUCACGGCCACCAAAAUCAAAAAUUACAAGAAAAUCCUGAUGGUACAUUCACCAUCUUAGACCCAGAUUCUAACGAACCAUUUUUUGACAAUGCUGGUAAUGCUAAGGACAAACCUUAUCGUUGUGAAGUUUGUGGUAAACGUUAUAAAAAUUUGAAUGGGUUAAAAUAUCAUAGAGGCCAUUCAACACAUUAA